AUGAUUCAAAUUCUACUGCACAUAUUACUGCUAUUCCGUUUGCCCUUGCUUGGCUCAAGUUUUAGUGCCGUCGUCUCGUCAGCAGGACGACGAACCGAACCAUCAUCAUCAUACAUCAAAUCAUCCGCUGGAAUCGAUCGACGAUCACCUAUUCGGUUGAACUACCAGGUUGGGGAAGGACGAAAUCUGUUGGUAGAAGAUGCUCCUAGUUUCUGCAAUGAAUUCACCAGUCCACUGGACUGCGGCCUCCAGCAUAUCGAGACAUCCCUACUCCCUUCUUCGGCGACAUCAGAUAAUUCAGUCUAUGUGAUGCCACUUGUCAUUUCGCCGAAGAACUACACGAAGAACUUUUGUUUGAGAGGAUUUAUCAAGAACAACCGGGACUGGAUUGAUCAGCAAGUCUCGGAAUAUGGUGCAGUGCUUUUUCGAGGCUUCGAUAUCAACUCAGCUGCUGAAGUUGAGCAAGAAGUCAAAGCUCUUGAGCCAGACUUGAGCAAUGAUUAUAGAGGAACCAGUCCCAGAAACGCAGUCGAUGGAUCAACAUAUGUCUUUUCGGCUGCCGAAGUUCCCUCUCACUAUCCUAUUGCACAACACUUGGAAAUGAGCUUCUUGCCAGCUCCUCCCAGACGGCUUUUCUUCAGUGCCCUCCAAGCACCGAAGACUAAGGGCGGAGAGACCGCUUUGUCAGACUUCCGAAAGGUCUAUCGAGAUAUCCCAGAGGAUCUGAGAGAAAAACUAGCUCGGAAAAAGCUCCGAUACACUCGAACUCACUACAGGAAGGGUGCUAACCCGUUGUUCACUAACGACAUCUCAUCCUUGGAAUCAUGGCAAGAUGUCUUUAGGACUUCUGACAAGUCCAAGGUGGAAGAAAUCGCUGCGAAAGAGAAUUUUCCAGUCAGAUGGGAGGGAAGAAAAAAGGACGUAUUCGUCAGUGAAUAUCAGUCCGAACCCUUUCAGCUGCACCCUGUUACAAAAGAGCCAGUGUGGUUCAAUCAUGCUCAAGUAUUUCACUGGACGACUUACCCUGCCGAACUCUGGAACUCCUAUAAACGCAUUCGAGAUAUUCGGUUGUUGCUUCAAUCCGCUAGGGCGUGGGUCAUGGCAUUCGCAACCUAUGUUAUUUCCCGUCGCAAAAUGGCUCUGACAGUGACUUUUGGCGACGGAGAACCCUUUUCCAUGAAGGAAAUGGGUUCCAUUCGUAAGACGAUUCACAGACAUAUGACCUUUAAUCGGUGGCAAAAGGGGGAUCUUUUGGAAAUUGAUAAUUUUGCCAUCUCCCAUGGCCGAGAACCUACAUAUGAUAAGGGUAGAAAGAUUGUGGUUGCCUGGAGCAGUGCAUUGAACAAGUCGAAUGAUCCUGUCUAUGGUCUUAGCCCUUAG